AACCAGGUGCAAAAGCUGGAGUUUUGCCAUCCCUGUAUACGUACGUUGUCGGCAAGUUACCCACACGAUGGAGCCAAUUAUUGAUGAAAUGGAGUCGGACAGUGUGACUAUAGGGGAACUACAAGAUGACAACCAACCUGGCGUGGCUGAGGUACCUCAGCAACACACCAAUGCCGCUUUGGAUGAGGAUGUCUCAUCGAUCGAGACAGACCAGAGAGGCAAGAUAGACACCCCGUCGCCUGUGAUCACGGAGGGCGUUGGUUGUAGGUCCAGCCACCGACCUCUCCCGGUCCACGGUCUGGUGUACGCUCUUGAGGACAGGCCGCCCUGGUACACUACCGUUUUCCUCGGUAUUCAGCAUUUUAUGACCACUUUUGGGAGUACCAUUUCUAUUGCGUUUCUGCUGACCCCGAGCCUGUGCAUUGCGCACGACGCCGUUACUGUAGGAGAGCUCAUUGGUUCCCUCUUUGUGGUUAAUGGCUUGGUGACCGUCCUACAAACCACAUUCGGCAUUAGACUUCCCAUCAUCCAGGGGACUUCCUUAGCCUUCCUCGUGCCGUCUUACUCAAUCCUCAACCUAAGAGGAGAAUGUCCGCCAGCACCAACUGGGAAUUCUACAGCAGAAGAGGUCACUGCCGCUGAAGAGGAGUGGUUGGCAAGAAUAAGAGAGAUCCAGGGCGCCAUCAUGGUGGCCUCGUGCGUGCAGGUUUUUAUUGGUGCCACGGGCAUCGUGGGUAUCCUGAUGAAUUUUAUUGGUCCGCUUGCAAUCACACCGACCAUCACGCUGAUUGGUCUAUCGCUUCAUAAAGCGGCCGCAGCGAAGUCAGGGGCGCACUGGGGUAUAGCAUUCAUGACAAUUGUCUUCAUCGUCAUAUUCUCUCAAUAUCUUCCCAACGUUGGUGUCCCCCUUUUGAGCUACAACGCUGAAAAGAAGUGUCACGUGAGCAGAUUCAAGCUCUUCAAAUUAUUCCCGAUCAUUCUAGGAAUCGCUCUUGCUUGGUUACUCUGCUAUGUAUUCACCGCCACCGGCGUGUUCCCUGACGACCCAAAGGUGUAUGGAUACGCCGCUCGUACCGAUCUGAACACCAUGGUGCUGGAGCGCGCACUCUGGUUCCGCUUUCCGUAUCCAGGGCAGUGGGGCACGCCCACUGUAAGGCUGUCCAGUGUACUUGGCAUCACGGCCGGCGUGUUUGCUUCCAUCGUCGAGUCCAUCGGUGACUACUACGCAUGCGCCAGAAUGUCUGGUGCCCCACCCCCUCCCCAACAUGCUAUCAACCGGGGCGUGCUGAUCGAGGGCAUUGGGUGCAUACUGGCCGGGGCAUGGGGAUCCGGAAACGGAACUACGUCACACAGUGAAAACAUUGGAGCCAUCGGACUUACCAAGGUUGGCAGUCGUGUGGUUGUACAGGCUGCUGGUUGCGUCUUGAUAGUCGUCGGUGUUGUUGGUAAGGUUGGUGCCCUUUUGGCCACUAUGCCCGACCCUAUCGUUGGUGCCAUCAUUUGCAUCGCGUUUGGUAUGGUAACAGCGGUAGGGCUGUCCAACCUCCAGUUUGUGGAUCUCAACUCGUCCCGUAACCUUUUCAUUCUCGGCUUUUCUACCCUGAUGGGCCUCGUGGUGCCGUAUUAUCUUGAGCAAAACCCAGGCCUCUUGAAGACCGGAUCUUUUGAAUUGGAUCAAAUCUUGACAGUCAUGCUCACCACCGGCUUGUUCGUUGGUGGAUCCCUCGGACUCUUGCUUGACAAUACCAUUCCGGGAACUGACAAAGAGCGUGGACUCCUGUCCUGGAGACAACAGUUCAUGGGCCAAAAAGAAGGGGGAGGAGAGAGCAACGCCGAAAGAAACGACCAAAAAGGACGACAAGAUAAAAACGUAGAGACAGAAGACAUUCACAUGACCGAGAUAAACGGUUGCACUCACCGAGAUGCCGAGGAGAUCGUCGCCGGCGGAUCGCUGGACUCUUCCCUUCCAGCGAGCUGCUAUAACCUGCCGUUUGGAAUGAGCGUCAUCCGGCGAUGGGCAUGGUGUCGAUAUCUACCCUUCAGUCCAACAUUCCAAGGAUUUCACUGGAGGAAGACAUGCAAACGCAAUUGUGACAAUCCAAGCGAAAACAAGUAAAUGUUUUUGGGUUUUUUGACAACACGGGAAUAAAACUCCAUUUCGUACGACAAUAGAACUAGUAUGGAAUGGGACACGACCUGGACUAAGAGAGGGCGCUAUUUUCUUAACAACGGAGGCUCCUUUGGUGCCAACUGUUUAUCGCUAGUUCCGACACGAAACGACUGGGAAGCGUUGCAGUAUCAUCGCUACCCACAAAAUGAGUCCCGCCCAACGCGGCUUUUUUCAGCUGAUGAGGGGGUGCUUCUGCUCGGGGCGUUAUCUGCAAUUUAUCAUAAUGACCAGUAACGUAUCCGGGGCCAGAGGGUAGUGUCCCCUUCCAUUGGCGACGCUUUGCCCGCUUCUGUUCAUUUGUUUUUUAGUUUUUAGUCAGUUAAUUCAGUCUUUA